AUGCGGGAUCGGAACCGCAUCGCGGCCAAGAAGAUGACUGAUGUCACCUUCGUGGCCUUCACCAGGAGGGCCCGCGAUGCGUUUGAUCGCAAAACUCAGACGCGUGCGAAGCUGUACGCUGAUCUCACCGACGGAACCCUCAAAGAGGGCAUUCCCGUGCCCCCGCCCGCAACAGUGGAAGAGGAUGAAGGUGGGGCUGAAGAGGAGGAGGGAGCCGAGGUGGCAGAGUGCACCAUCGACUGGACUAAGCGUGUGGAGGAGGAGGAGGAGGAGGAGGAGGAGGAGGAGGAGGAGGAGGAGGAGGUGGAGGAGGAGGAGGAGGAGGAGGAGGAGGAGGCGGCAGAGAGCAAUGGGCGGGAGGUAGGACCCUCCAAGCGUCCUAAGGCAGUCUGGCUGUGGGACUGCAGUGAUGGUGAGAGUGGGGAGGAGGAGGAGGAUGAGGAGGAGGAGGACGACGAGGAGGAGGAAGGGUAG